AUGGCUUCUUCUUCUCAUUACCAUUACCACAAAGAUAAUGGUGACGAUUUUGAUGACAUGUUUGAUGAUUUUGAGGAAGACUUUGAUCAAAUUCCAGAACCAAAAGAGAGAAAAAGGCGUAUUUUUAUCGAGAGAAACCGAGAAGAAGGCCACGAGAAGCUUUGGAAUGACUACUUUAGCGAUACUCCAACUUACUCUCACAAUUUAUUCCGGCGCCGGUUUCGAAUGAACAAAUCAUUGUUCUUGAGUAUUGUCCAUCGUCUCUCGACAGAAGUAGCGUAUUUUCGACCAACAGAAGAUGCAGUGGGACGAAAGAGUCUUUCUCCGCUCCAGAAAUGUACUGCGGCAAUUCGUCAACUGGCGUAUGGUGGUGGAGCUGAUGCAAUUGAUGAAUAUGUACGACUAGCUGAAACAACAGCUAGGAAAUGCUUGCAUUAUUUUGCCGCCGGAAUAAUCCACUUGUUUGGUGAUCAUUAUCUUAGACGUCCCACACCGGAAGAUCUUCAAAGACUACUCCAUUUUAAUGAAGAACGGGGGUUUCCCGGGAUGAUUGGAAGUAUCGACUGUAUGCAUUGGGAGUGGAAGAAUUGCCCAAAAGAAUGGAAAGGAAUGUAUUCACGGGGAACCAAUAAACCAACUAUUGUGUUGGAGGCGGUUGCUUCAUAUGAUCUCUGGAUAUGGCACGCCUUUUUCGGAGCUCCAGGUACUAUGAACGAUCUUAAUAUUCUUGAUAGAUCACCUGUUUUUGAUGACAUUAUUGAGGGCAUAGCUCCGGAAGUAAACUUUCAUGUCAACGGGAGGGAGUACAAUUUGGCUUACUAUCUCACGGAUGAAUCCGUUCGAAAAGAUGUUGAGCGUGCCUUUGGGGUCUUGCAAGCUAGGUUCGCCGUGAUGAACAAGAUGCACGCACUGUUGAGGAAUUUCAAGAUGACGAUUUUACAUUUACCGUUAAAAAAUCUACAAGACAGCCCCAAUCAAAUGCUCGUCGAAAAGAAGUUCAAGAUCAACAAAUCCAUCAACAAUUAA